AGGAAGGCCUGGCCUGUGGGGAGGCUCCUCUGGGAGAAAAGACGCAGCGAGAGUCCCCGGGGAAUCCCCCACCCGCCCCCAGUCGGGGACCCCGUCGCGCCUGCUCGGGAAGAGCUCCAGGCGCCAGUUGCUAUAGGCAACCAGCUCUGGUGACCAACUGGUCCCGGUUGCCCGGGUUAUGAUGGUUUAGCGCUGGCAGGAUCGCGGGCCCGCAGCCCGCCGAGGUGACGCUAUCCUGCCCCCUGCGGCUCCACCCAGAGUAGGUCCGGGAGACUUUUUAAUAUGGGGCUUUUUCUUUUUUUAACACUACCUGUUUAAUAUUAGGGUGAAGGCACCCCGCAGACACUCUCCCGACCAAGCCCUGGCAUGUCAGCACUUCAGUGGAGCCUUCCUUCCUAAAGAGCCUCGUGGUGGAUCAGCUGUUUGCCUUCCCCAUUCAAAGGGAAGGAUGAAAGCUCUACCUAAAAACAGGAUGUGAGCGGAAGAGACCUGUCAUUGUGAGUCUGGCUGCUGCUUGUCACUGAUGUCAUCCCCAGGGUGACAUGACCUCGUGACCAUAAACCUAAGUGGCUGCAGUUAAGGUGACAUCAGUAACAAUAAGGCUCGUGAUCGGAGGAAAUCUGUUUGACAAGAUGAAAACGGUACGGCACUCGGAACAGACACUUAGAACAGCUCUCAUCUCAAAGAACCCAGCACUUGUGUCCCAGUAUGAGAAGUUCGAUGCGGCAGAGCGGCGUUUGAUGAACGAAGCCUUCCGACCAGCCAGCGAUCUCUUCGGGCCCAUCACCUUGCAUUCGCAGUCAGAUUGGAUCACCUCCCAUCCUGAGCCUCCCCAAGACUUUGAAGAGUUUUUCAAUGAUCCUUCCAGAAAGACACCCUCUCGAGAGAAACAUAGGAUUUAUAUACAGUGCAUUGGAUCUCUAGGAAAUACCAGAAUUAUCAGCGAAGAAUAUGUUAAAUGGCUCAAGGGCUACUGUGAGGCAUUUUUCUAUGGCUUAACAGUGAAACUCCUAGAACCAGUCCCCGUCUCUGCAACAAGGUGUGCCUUCAGAGUCAAUGAUAGCACGGAGAACCUACAGAUACAUGCAGGGCACAUUCUGCACUUCUUGAAAAAGAAGAAACCUGAAGAUGCCUUCUGCAUUGUGGGAGUAACGAUGAUUGAUCUUUACCCCAGAGACUCCUGGAAUUUCGUCUUUGGACAGGCCUCUUUGACAGAUGGUGUGGGGAUAUUCAGCUUUGCCAGGUAUGGCGGUGACUUUUACAGCUCAAGCUACAAAGGCAAAGUGAAGGCGUCGCAGAGACAAUCUUCGCGUGACUAUUCGGUGUUUGAUAACUAUUACACUCCUGAAGUGACCAGUGUUCUGCUGCUUCGGUCCUGCAAGACUUUAACCCAUGAGAUUGGACACAUAUUUGGACUUCGACACUGCCAGUGGCUGGCAUGCCUAAUGCAAGGCUCCAACCACUUGGAAGAAGCUGACCGGCGCCCCCUAGAUCUGUGUCCCAUCUGUUUACGCAAGUUGCAAUGUGCUAUUGGCUUCAACAUUGUAGAAAGAUACCAAGCACUGGUGAGGUGGAUUGAUGAUGAAUCUGCUGACACGCCCCGAGUUACUCCGAAACGUAGUCAUGACGGUAAUGUGAAUUUGCCCAAACCUGUGGAAGCCUUUAAGGAGUGGAAAGAGUGGAUAAUAAAAUGCCUUGCUAUUGUCCAAAAAUAAGAACCUUCAAAUAGGAGUAAUUAAAAUCCUUGCACAUCAUGCUUUCUUUUGUAUGGAGUGCUUCAUUGGAAUAAACUGUUUACUGAUUCUGCCCUGUA